GAGCAGCAACCGCAGCAGCAGCAGCAGCAGCAGUUGGCCGCUCUAGUCCUAGCCCAGGGAGGUAGUAAGGGGAUCCCGCUGAAGAACAUCAAACUGCUGGCUGGGGUGCCCCUGCUCGGCUGGGUGCUGAGGGCCUCCAAAGACCCAAAUAAGUUUGACAGUGUAUGGGCGUCAACCGAUCAUAAAGAGAUUAAGAUGGUGGCAAAAAUGGUUGGAGCUCAAGUACAUCAUAGAAGCCCAGAAGUGUCAAAAGCCACAGCAAGUUCAUUGGACACCAUUUUGGAAUUCUUGAAAAGGCACAGAGUAAUUGACGUGGUGGACCAUAUACAGUGCACUUCCCCUUGUCUCCAGCCACACCAUCUGAAUGAUGUGGUGAAGAUGAUCGAGGCAGAGGGGUACGAUUCUGUCUUUUCUUUUGUAAGACACCAUCAUUUUCACUGGCAAGAGGUGUCGAAAGGUGAGGGAACAAAGCCUUUAAAUCUGAAUCCAGCUAAAAAGCCCCAAAAGCAAGAAGAGCAUGGAGAACUCUGUGAAAAUGGCUCAUUCUAUUUUGCCGCUAUGCAGUUAAUUAAGACUGGAUGGCUCCCGGAUGGUAAAAUGACCUGCUUUGAGAUGGAACCAGAAUAUAAUGUCGACAUUGAUAUAGACAUUGACUGGCCAAUUGCAGAACAGAGAGUAAUGAGAUAUGGUUACUUUGGCAAGCCCAGGGAAGUAAAGCUGCUGGUUUGUAACCUGGAUAAAGACCUCAAGGAAGGCCCAAGCUCAAGCUGCAAGAGGAAGUUUAAUGAGCUUGAUGUUCCAGUUCUCAGAACACUAAAGGACACAAAUGUUUGGGUGGAAUUCACCCCAAAGAUUGACUCUAAUACAUCAAAACCUGAAUUGGGGGGGGGAAAUAUCCAGAACAAGCUGAACACUGUGGAAGAUUUGAUGAAUAAAUUGAGCAUCCCUUGA